AUGAAGAAAUAUGUUGAUUCUCAUCGCACAGAGAGGUCUUAUGAGAUAAACGAUUUGGUUUAUUUGCGACUACAACCAUACCGGCAAACUACUGUGGCAAGCACAUCUUUUUCGAAGCUUUCUCCUCGAUUCUAUGGUCCUUUUAGAGUCCUGGAGAAAAUUGGAAGUGUGGCUUAUAAGUUAGAGUUACCUGCAACAAGUCGCAUUCAUCCUGUAUUCCACGUUUCUCAACUAAAAAGAAGAUUAAGAAUGAAUGUUCAUGUGGUUGCUGUGUUACCAGAUGUCAUUGACUAUGACAAAUGGGAGCCAUCUGCUAUUCUACAGCGUAGAAUAUACAAGAAUAGGGCUGCAAAGGAGCCGGUCAAAAAGACCUAUACCGGUCUGGAGCCGGAAAUACCGGACCGGAACCGAACCGGUACCGGAGUAACCGGUACAGGGACCGGGACAGGAGAUUCAGAACCGUCUUAG